AUGGUUUCUGUUAUCCUUUUUGUCGUGCCGCUUUUUACCCAUUAUUAUUUAUCUAAGUAUGAAACAGCGUCUGUUUCGAGGCGAAGUAAUUCCAUACAACACACUUUGGAAGCUCUUGGAGAUAUUUCAACAAUGAAUGUAGCAGAUCUCAAGCUGAGAAUAGAAGAAAUGCUUAGAAUUAAGGCGUCAGUUUCUACAGAACUUCGAGAAUUAGAAGAAAAGCGCGGUCGAUUGCAGCGUGAAGCCGCCGCGGCUAGUGCUAAAGCUGACAGCGUCAAAGCCGAAUAUGCUAGGGCUACGGCAGAACUGCAACGCCUUCGGGUCUCCGCCGACCAAGCGCGUCUUGCUCAAUUGGAAGCCAUUCGUCGAGACACCCCUGAGCUCGCGUCGCCUGCUCAAAUACUGCCUUCGCAGCCACCCACGACUCUUCCGCCGAUCAACUCCUCUGCCGAAAUCCAUUGUCGAAUGUAUUCGUGCUUUGAUCAUUCCCGCUGCUCACUGACUUCGGGCUUCCCCAUUUAUUUCUAUGAUCCGGAUGUUCAUUCCCCUUUGGCCGGUGCUGAAGUGGACGGUUUCCUUAAAACAACGCUGCGUCAAACACUGGGCUACAAUUCCCAUCUCACCCAAAACCCAAACGAAGCUUGUCUGUAUGUUGUUUUGAUUGGGGAGUCGUUCCCGUUUGAAAAGGCAAUCUCACCAUCAUCGGUACCCUAUAAAUCUAUGUUGAAUGAGACCGCAAUCAAAAACCUACCGUUUUGGGGAGGGGAUGGCCGCAACCACGUAUUGCUGAACUUAGCAAGAAGGGAGUUGUCGGUUGGUUCGGGUGACGCAUUCUUCGGGGCUUCCACUGGUAGGGCCAUGAUCGCUCAGUCCACAUUCAAGUUACAUCAGUUCCGUCCAGAAUUUGACUUGGUGACCCCUCCGGCGCUCGGUCCACCGGGAGGGGACGUGUGGGCCGACUGCGCACCCAUUUCGCCUGCCAGGAGGAAGUACCUUCUCAGUUUUCAGGGUUCGCAAUCGCCCACAACUUCCGCCACCAGGGACAACGACACGUCCGUGAUCGAUUCCCUACAGAAAAUGGCUAGCGCUGGGCCGGCAUCGGACGUGUUCUUGUUGCAGUUCGAAUGCGACCCGCCAGUCGAGAGGCGCGCGAUACUUUCCAUCGGCGAUUGGGCGCUAUGCGGCACGGACAGGUCCCGACGAUCGGUGCUCAGAGAGUCGACUUUCGCUUUGAUACUGGCACCCGGCGACGGCGGCUACACCACCACGGCCCUGCUACAAGCGAGGCUGUACGAGGCACUCCGCUCCGGGGCCAUACCGGUGCUCCUCGGCGGGGACAGGACCCGGCUGCCGUACGGCGAGGUGCUGGACUGGCGGCGCGCGGUGCUCUCCCUGCCGAAGGCCCGCGUCACCGAGCUGCACUUCUUGCUGCGCGCGCUGUCCGACUCCGACCUGCUGGCGUUCCGCAGACAGGGGAGGGUGCUGUGGGAGAGGUACUUGAGCUCGGUCCAGGUCAGCGUGGACUCGCUGCUGGCCGUGAUACGCACCCGCCUGCAGAUACCGGCGCGCCCCGCCGCGCCCACUUUCGGCGCGCCCGCCUUCAACGACUCCUACUCGCCGCCGAGGGUCGAGCCGCCGGCGGUGGACGCGGAACCCGAGGAGACACUCGGCCCGCUGGAGGCGCCCUACCCGAGCCCGGCGUAUAGGCGCAACUAUUCGCUCGCGAUGUUGCACGGCUACGAGAUGUGGAACGAGUGGGGCGAGCCGUUCGCCCUCUACCCGCAGCUGCCGUGGGACCCGCCGGUGACCUCGGAGGCCCGGUUCCUGGGCUCGGCGGCCGGCUUCAGGCCGAUAGCGGCCGGCGCCGGCGGCUCCGGCAGGGAGUUCAGCGAGGCCCUGGGCGGGGACCGGCCAAGGGAGCAAUUCACCAUUGUGAUACUCACAUACGAACGGGAGACGGUGCUGGCCGCCGCCCUCGCCCGCCUCCGCGGAUUGCCUUAUCUAAAUAAGGUGGUGGUGGUGUGGAACGGUGUGACGCCGCCAACGCCGGGGCAGGCGUGGCCCGACUGCGGCGCGCCGGUGGCCUUUGUGCGCGCCGCCCGCAACUCGCUCAACAACCGCUUCCUGCCCUACCACCUGGUCGAUACGGAGGCGGUACUGUGCGUGGACGACGACGCCCACCUCAGGCACGACGAGAUCGUUUUCGCGUUCAGGGUGUGGCGGGAACACCGCGACCGGAUCGUCGGUUUUCCGGGACGGUACCACGCGUGGGAUCUCAACUUUAACAACGGCUUCCUCUACAACUCAAACUACAGCUGCGAGCUGAGCAUGGUGCUGACCGGCGCGGCGUUCGUGCACCGCUACUACCUGUGGGCGUACUGGCGCGCUCUGCCGGCCGCCGUCCGCGACUACGUCGACGAGUACAUGAACUGCGAGGACAUCGCGAUGAACUUCCUCGUCGCGCACAUCACCAGGAAGCCCCCCGUCAAGGUGACAUCGCGGUGGACGUUCCGUUGUCCCGGAUGUCCGGUCACGCUGUCGGCGGACGAAACGCACUUCCACGAGCGCCAUAAAUGCAUUCAGUUCUUUUCACAAGUUAUGGGUUAUACGCCCUUAUUAUCGACACAGUUUAGAGCGGAUUCUAUUCUAUUCAAGACGCGAAUACCUCACGAUAAACAGAAGUGCUUCAAGUUCAUA